AUGCGUACAUUCACAGUCGUUGCCCUGUUCGCCGUUAUCGGCUACGCCACGCCCCCAAUGUCGUUCAACUGUGCCGAUCGCCUUGAAGACAUCUGCACGAACAUGUGCUGGGGAGCAUACUGUACAGAGCCGUCCUUUGGUGUCACCCUCAACUACGACCGCUACGGCGGAACCGGCAAGCGCGACAGCGACAUCGGAAAGGCUCGACAGAAGAGUGCCGGGUGCCUACCGCGUCCAAACAGGUGCAGUACCAACGGCGGCAACCCUCGUGCAGGGGAAAACUGCGACGAAUACCCCUUCGCCAGCACCUCGGAUGCCGACAAAGGCGGACAGGUCAGCAAGUGCGUCAUUAGCAAGCACAAUAGCCGCCAGGGCAACAUCAUCGGGCAGUACACGCAGAACACCUGCGGGGGCAACGACUGCCAGUUCAUCGUCGGCUUCGGCAACCCCGCUGCGGCCAAUGUCAAGUACUGCAUGGCGUACAGCGACCGAUACAACCAGUGCAUCCCCGACGGGAGCAUCUUUAAGAACGGCAAGCCUGAUGUCCGACCGCCUCCGUCGAAGCGUGAUGGCAAUUCCACCAUGGUUGGCGGCAUGUAUCUGAUGAAGUCUGGCAUGAAGGUGGCAUUCGGCGCGAACCUGGAGAUUGGGACCAAGACCAAGCAUGCGACGCCCAAGAACGCGACCAUGCUCGCUUGGGUCGAUGACAAUGACGAGGACGAGGACCACGUCGAGUGGGACUUCCUCGAUGAUGAGAUUGUCGAGAAGCUUGAGGAGUAA